AUGUUUGACAUCAAUGGUAUGUGUAAUGCCCAAAAUGAUCGUAUUUGGGCAGUGAUUCGUUCCGAAGCAGAUAGAAAGAGUGGUAUUAAAAAGAAACAAAAAUUUCCCGCCAAAGUUAUAGUGUGGUUAGGUGCUUGUGCCGAAGAAAUUAGUUAUGAUGAUGCCUACACAUUAUUUCGAGAAGUAGAUCCGUUACAUAAAGAUUGCACAGUCGUUGAAGAAGCAUUAGUUAAUGAUCACACACAUCGAAUUCCGCUGUUAUCAUUAGUAUUCUAUCUUGGAGACACAAAACUACCACUUCGUGCAUCUCAUGGAAAUAACAAAAAACACUUUACCAAUUACUCUCGAUCAAAACCAAGCACAAUUAUAUCUGCAAAAACGUUAUUAGCCACUGAUCAACCGGCAAAACAACUAUUAUACGACACAACCUUCAGUAUCGGUGAUUAUUUUGUUAGCUCUCUGCUGACAAAAAUAAAUUGUUUUGAUGAAGCACCUACGGCUCCCUUUUCUAUUCUAAUUCAUCGAAAUCAAAGAACAGAAUCUCAUAUAGCACACUUUUUAACAAUGAAAUUAAAUAAAAAACCAUUGUUAAAAAGACUUGUAGACGACAAUAUUUCUAUAAUGCAUGAUCGUGAAGAUGCAAUUACGAAUAGUAUAUCAUUCGUUUUUCCUCAGUGGACUCAAUUUUCGGAUUAUGUGCGUUUGAAAAGAAACUUGAAGACUCAUUGUCGAAAAGAACAAGUUGGCAAAGAUUUACGUAGACGAAUAUUUGAAUAUACAGAUACCCUACAAAUGUCAGAAAUAUUAAAGCAAUUUAAUGAUACGUAUGAGGAAUUAUCGAAAAUAUGUCCAGAGGAUCUAUUAAAAUAUAUUGAUAAUAAUUUAAAAGAAGUAUUGAUAAAUAUCACUGUCUGUACUUUGCGAUCACAUGGUUAUUUGUGUUCAGAUGCUGAUUUAUAUUUAAUCAAUGAUGAUGAUGCUAAUAACAGUAGUAUUUUACCAAAUAAUGAUACAAAUGUAACAAUUGAUACUGAAAAUGCUAAUAAUCUGGUGGAUGAAAACGAUGUAACAUCAAUUCAUUGA